CCACCCCACCAUUAUAAACUGCUCGCUCCGUGUAUCAUGAAGAAAACGAGCCAAGAUUAAUAAAGUACUGCUCUAAAAUUCAAAUGUUAACCGCAGCGUGCAACGGGGGUUCUUCGAUCGAUCCAAAAGGCGAAAGUGUCCUUUUGUUCGGGUUCAGGUGCUACACCGGAUAUCAGAUAAGCUCCCUGCCGUGCCCGCCGCCGCCGCCCCCCACCCGCUUCCGAAGGAACACGUGUAGAUUGGCGACGCCCUGGGCUCCCCCGGCUGCAAAAGCACAUGGCUCCGUCUAGAUCGCCUGCUCGAAAUCCGAUCUUCGCAGGCUUCGCUCGGUUGCCGCGUGAGCCAUACAUACCGUAGACGCGCUUGCACGGUGCCGGCAGGCAGGCAGGCAGCGAGUCUUGCUGGUGCUUAGCAAAAGGUAUCGCUAAAUUCAUCACGGAAACGACCUGGCCCGAUUUCCAAACUACUCAUGCAACCCCUCCCCCCCCCCCCGUUAGCAGCGCGAGUCUUGCAAGACCCACCGUCCGCAUCGCCUGCAAGACCUUCCCUUUUCCCGCUGCUGCUUGCAAGCUAUUGCCCUUGCAGAGCCACGCUUUUGUUUCUUAGCGUCGCCUCCCCCCCCCUUUAAUCGACUUCCUAACGACCGAGCAAAUAAGCGCUCCGCAUUGGGAAUGUAAGGACGCUGCAAGGCGCAGGAAGGCGGGAGCGCGAUCCACUCGCUGGACCACGCUCGCCGGUGCAUGCUUUUGCAACCUGCUGCACUUUGCAGCGACUUUCCCGUCCCGAGCUCUCCGGAGUUGCUCGCUGGAGUGUGUAGUAGUUGAGCGCAGGCCACGCCCCCCGAGCGUGGUGUCAGAGUGAAAGAGAGGCUCCGGUUGGUCGGCUGGGCGGACAACAUCUGCUCGACUCCUUCAUUCAAGUGACACCGGAGCUUUGAGGGAUAUUUGAGGCACCAUCCGUUCCCUUUCCUGGCCACUUCUCGCACUUGUACCAGCGCCGAUCGCACGCUCCGAGCGAGGCUUGGGAAAGAUCCGGGAUCUCUCGUCUUGAUCACCCCACGCUGCGCGCACACUUUUUUCCUUGCAAAGAAGUGUGUGUAAGAGAGAGGGCGAGCUCUCCUCCGGUCAGUGCUGUUGGCGUAGACAUCGGGGCCAUGCAUGCUGCAGAGUGGUUAGGGAAAUUCGUGACCCUGGCUUUGGUCUUUGCAAGCUUGGAUCCGGUGGUGGGCACGGAAGCCACCAACCCUCCGGAUGGUGCCCAAGAUAACAGAGCGCCUCAGCAAAAAGGGCGCCUGUCUUUGCAAAACACAGCUGAAAUCCAGCACUGUCUGGUCAAUGCUGGUGAUGUGGGGUGCAGUGUAUUUGAGUGCUUUGAAAACAACUCCUGUGAGAUCCGAGGCUUACAUGAGAUCUGCAUGACGUUCCUCCACAAUGCUGGAAAAUUUGAUGCUCAGGGAAAAUCCUUCAUUAAAGAUGCUCUGCGGUGCAAGGCUCACGCCUUACGGCACAAGUUCAGCUGCAUCAGCCGCAAGUGUCCUGCCAUCAAGGAGAUGGUGUUACAGCUGCAGCGAGAAUGCUACCAGAAGCACGACCUCUGCUCGGCAGCCAAGGAGAACGUCCAGGUCAUGGUGGAGAUGAUUCACUUCAAAGACCUGCUGCAGCACGAGCCGUAUGUUGAUUUAGUGAACACCUUGCUCACUUGUGGAGAGGAGGUUAGAGAGGCCAUCACUCGGAGCGUCCAGGCCCAGUGUGAACAGAGCUGGGGCAGCCUGUGUUCUAUCCUGAGUUUCUGCACCUCCGUCCCACAUGGAGAUUUCACCCUUGAACCGGAGAAGAAGCCAAAUGAAGUCCCCAGAUCCUCUAUUAGUCAAGGGGACAUUAUAGUCCACCCUGAACCGGACGCCAGAGAGAGCUCCCGCAACACCAGAGGGGAGAGAGGUAGCAGGCUUCCUGGGAAUGCCCAAACCCGCACUAAAGCUGGGAGCCACAGUCCCAAAGCGGCUCACGGGAUUGUCGAACAGGCAGAGGAACUGUCUGACUUCUCUGACAUCCGGAGGUGAAAGGAGGAUGUAGCUCUUCUUUCCCCCUGCACCAGAACCUUCCUCCAUUGAGUUCAUCUUCUUAUCUAGGGGCAUUCCAAAAUAUGUACAAUAUAGAGGGGUGGUGUCAGGCAUAGGGCAUUGUGGGAUAUGUGGCAGUGACAGUGUAUGUAUUAUAAGUAACAGAGGAAAAGCAACAGCUAUUGGUUAUUGAUUGUAUCCAGCAAAUUCAAUGUGUAGGUGCAACAAAAUGUAUUCAUGUAAAUCCUUUCAUCUCUUCAAAAAAAAGAGGGGAAACGGAAGAUUUUAGAUGCAGGUUUGGGGUGGUGGUUAAGGGAUUUGCCCACAUUUUAAUUGGUGAACAUGUAGACCGGGUUCAACAUUGAGUCUCAAGGCAGAAAAUAAUCUAUAGUCUCCACUCUGUUAGAGGCAAUGAGGGCUCCAGAUCAGCUGCAGAGAAACUCAGAUACAGAGCUCUGCAUAGGGGACCUUGGAAUUGCAAACUAAAUUGUCUGUCUGAGCCAUUGAUCCUGUCUAAGUGACACCACCUGCCUUAAGUGUCCCUUGCAUUAGUUUGGGUGGCUCUUAGCUGACCUCUUCUGCUUUUUGUUCCAGUUUCCUUAGGAAAUAGGCUGAUGAGGGAAUCAGUUUCUGGACAAGGACAUUUUCAACCAACUCAAAAUCAUGCCAAUUUCUUUUUUCUUCCCCCCCCCCCAAAAAAAAGAUCAUAAAAGAAUCCACCUGGCUUCUGACUGCAGUGGGUUUCCCAAAUACCGGUAACUCGCAUCUUAUGAUUAUUUCACUUGCACGAGCCUGGCUGAGGGAAAAUAAAUAAAGAAAUGGAGAGCAGGGGAAACCCAUUCUCCUUUUUAUUUAUUUAUUUGUUUAUUUACGCACAAACACACUGAGCAAAGCUGCGAUCACAGACUUACCUGGCUUUGGGAAGCAUCCCAGAGCCCUCCCUACGCCUGCAAACUUCCUUAAGCUGGGCAGGCAGGCACCUGGCUUUGGGAAGGAGGCGUGAGGCAUAGGGGCUCUGGCAGGGUCCUAGAGCCCUUCUUCAUCUUCUGUAAAGCUGGGCAAGUGCUUACUAGGCUUCGGGAAGGAGGAGUGAGGACUCUAGGACCCUGUCAGAGCCCUCAUGCCUCCUUCGCAAAGGCAGGCAAGCCUUCAGAGAGCCCGAAGGAGGUGUGCUUUGAGAAGGUGGUGGAAGGGCUUUGGGACACUGCCAGAGUCCUCACACCUCUUCCCCAAAGCAGAUAUGUAACCCUCCACCCUGGGGGGGGGAGGGCUUCCAGGGGUUCACCCUACAACCGCUGAAACCCAGCCCUCAUGUGAGAUGCGAGUUUCCUGUACAGCGUAUAUAUGGUAGGCUACAACUUGCUUAGACACGAAGCUCUUUUUUCGGAGGCUGGAUGAAAAGUUCUUCUCUCCCUGAAAGCAGGACCACAAUGUUUGCUGAGCUAUAGAAAUUCUGUGCUCUAAGGUUGACUGUGUGUGUGUGUGUGUGUGUGUGUGUGUGUGUGUUGCCAAAGAAAUGGUGAUGUAGAAUAAGCGCAACCCAGCACUGUGCAAUGAUUUAAUCAGGUUAACUACAGGAAGCUUAACUACAGGAAGCUUAACUCGUCUUGACACCUCAGCCCCAGCCACAUUUUCUUGGAAGUAACUUCCCAUAUAUUUCAGUGGAACUUGCUUCUCCUAAGUGCGUUUUGGGCUACAAUCUCUGUUAUUAUCCAGAGUUAAUAUGCUUUAUUCCAUCUUCUAAAUAAAUCUCUUUCUAUCGUUAACUAAGAUCACUCAGGACACUACAUUGCAUGGGAGGGACUGCAGUAGUCCUUAAAUCCACGAAGCAGGUUUUGGUCAGAGACGGUAAUGCUACAUUAAUAGCUCCUGUGGCUUCAGAACGCUUUGGCGACAGUUCCCUCAGCGGGAAGGCAGUAUCAGAACAAAAUCCCAGUGUAGUGGCUUCUUCUGCACACCGACCUCCUAGGUGCAGGGACUUCCCCAGUCAUGGCCAUGUGCAUUCAUGCACAUUGCAUAUGCAAAGCUAGCCCUGGCUGUGGGACCUAGCCUCACUUGGACCAGGAACAACAUAGUAUAAGCCUUUCUUCCCUUGAGGAACAAUAGAAUUGUUCAUGCAGCCAGGGAAUUUUAUUUACACUAUUUCAAACAAGGGCAACUUUUGUGAUUGUGUCAAGCAGUGAAUCCAGGUCCCACUGAAGCAACAAUAUAGAUGAAGUACCCUUGUUGAUGUAAAAUUGUUUGAAAUGAUCACCAUACCAUCAGCUUACAUAGGUACAACCCAAAAAAACAAGCCCCUAUAUUUUCAUGUCAUUAAUUGGAUCUUAUGGAAGUCAGAUUUACUUAUGGGAACCAAAACACAGAGACACCACUGAAUGUCUGUCAACCGAUCACCUCAGCAUGCAUAUAAUUUAUCUUCAUUCAGUAAAUAUAUGUUCCCCUUAUAGCUUACACAAAGGAAAUUCAGGUGUUUUUUGAGGAGGUGGAUAUAAUACCUUUCCCCCCCUCUGUGUAUGAAAAUUGGAUGUAUGUGUUCACCUACUGAUUCCACAUUUUCUUUUAUUGUAAAUAUUUAAUGUUUCUAUUUAUUAUAGUUUCUCCAUUUAAAAAAUAAUAAAUCUGAGCACUGCUGGCUAAGGUAAUUUAAAUAUAUUUCAGGACCUGUGUUGUAUAUAUUAAUGCCACUAGUAGAUUUUUGUUAUUGUUUAAAGCAAGGGAAAUAUAAUUUUAUACACUCCAUAAUGUUAUUGACAGCAUAAAUCACUUAUUUAUUGUUAACUUUCAUUUCUAACAGAUAACAAGUGCAUUUAACCUGAUAGUUUUGUCAAGACAUCUGUAUAGCCUUACUUCUUGAAAAUAAACAAAUUAUCAGCUGUCCGCUCAAGGAGCCAAUAAUAUUUUAACCCACAUAACUUGUGACAACAACAAAAAGUUCUUUUAAAAUUAUGGACACAGCGCAAUUAAUGUUAAGCAGUUCUGCUGUAUACUUCUGUGCCUGUUUACUUAGAAGUAAAUCACAGGGAUUGGCCACACUUCUGCUUGUCCUAACACUUUCCCCCAGAAAAACCCACUUUUUGCUGAAUUAGAGCAAACGUCAAUGGGGUUUUUUGUGGAUUGACAUUUGCUCAGAUUCAGCAGUAAGGAGCAGGUUUUCCCGGGGAAAGCGGCGGGGCAAAUGUAAAAGCAGAAGGGUGGGUGAGUCCUCAGCGCAUUCAACAAGACUUGCAUCCAGGAAAAUGGACAUUGGAUUGCAGCCUUUAUAAUCUUGCUGGGUUGUAUCCAAUGUUGGUCAUAUACAGCGAGGACCCAUUGAAACUAAUGGACUUAACUAACUUGAAUUCAUUAAUUUCAGUGUGUCUACUCUGAGUUGGGCGUAGUUGGCUACAACUCAUGGAGCUCAGUCAUUAAGUGAAUACAUUUCAGCCUUUGAAAGCAGAACUGAAAAGUGCUUAACUGGCUGAAUCAUGCCGGACUGGUGGAAAACGUCCAUUACUACUGCUUUACAGUUUCCAUUCAUUUCAGUACAGAGCUACUAUCCCUUCAAACAGGUUUGACAAAUCCACUUAGCACAACACGGGGAUCCCUCCCGCAAAUCUGGAGAGCAGAAUCAAUGCAACCCUCCCAUUAACUCCAGAGUAGAUGCAAGACUGCCUCAUAUGCUGGGCUCUGGAGCAAGCCAAAGUAAUUUACACUUCUGUCUGCCUAAAGCUCCUGUACAAUGAGAAACUGUUAAAAGAUGCAUAUCUGAACCCACAUAUGUGUCCACCACAUGUAUCGAUCCAAUGCGCACUUUUGAGAGGAAUUGAACCUUUUGCGUGGAGUCAGGACGUGCAUCCAUUUAAAAUGUGUGUAAACCUUUAAACCUUAUGCCUAAUAAAGAACUUGCCACA